AUGUCUAACGAUUUUGUAAACGAACAAAAUAAGUGUAAAAGGUGUAAAACUAGUGCUCUUAGUGGACCUAAGUGUAUAAAAUGUGGUGUAGUGAGCCAUAGUAGUUGCCUUAAACUAUUAAAAAAUAUAAAAUUCAUUGAUGAGAAAAAUGUUCAAUGUUGUGACGAUGACCUUGAUUCAACCUCUGAUAGUGAAAGUAAUGAUACAGUCCUAGGAAACGACGCAAGCAGUUUGGAAAAUUAUUAUUUGAAAGAAUUAUUAAAGCAGAAGGAUGUGCAUAUUCUAAGCCUUGAAGACAAAAUUCUUAUUUUAAAAAAACAGAUAAAUCUUCUAAAACAACUUACCCCACCUGGUGAGAAAACUAAUCAAAAUAAAAACCCAGCACAAAGUAAGUCACUAGUGCCUCAAAACUCAAAAACUACUGACACUAAACCAAAUUCUAAAACCAAUCAGACAAAAGCAAAAAACUCAAACACAAACAUACAAAAUCCAAUUAUUACAAAAUCCGAAAUGACAGCUGCUAUAAAUAUCGCGCUUAAACCUGACGUCAUCGACAAAAAAGAUGAUAUCAAUAAAGAAAAUAAUACACCUACAAACAACCAUAAAAACAAUAAACAAACCAAUGCGUUUAUUAAGGGGACAAACAACUCUAACACUCUUAAAGUUGUUGAAAAGAACGCCUGGAUUUACGUAACGAAUCUUCAUGAAGAGACCACUGAGAAACAAAUAGAAGACUACUUAGCUACAAUCUGCAAAACCCAAUGUGAAAAACUUACUCAAAAUUUUGAAAACAGUAAAAAAAGUUCCUUUAAAAUAUGUGCCCCUUAUAAAUUUAAAAACCAAAUUCUUGAUGGAAAUAUAUGGCCUGAAGGUACCCUUAUAAACAGAAGUGAAGUGUUGUGCAUAAAACAAAAAGACAAAGUUAUAAGUUACUUUUGUGAGGAUUGCAAAUUUGAAAUAACUCAAAAUAGUCAGUUGUUAACUAUAAUACUGGAAUUGCAAAAGGAAAUUAAAGGACUUAAUAGCAAGGUUAGUGAGUUAGAAAACAAAUUUAUAAAUGUAAAUGCACAAAAAUCAGUUCCUGAUGAUUGCAAAUUUAUCGAAAAUGUUAUAUUGGAAUCACAGGAACGUGAAAAACGCAGUAAAAAUGUUUUGCUAUUUAAUAUAAACGAAGAAGAUGAAGACUUUGAAAAAAUUGCCAAAAAUGUUAUUACAGGUAUUUCUAAUUUAGUAAAUACCGACAAUCUUAAAAUUUACCGUAUUGGUAAAAAAACGGAUGGCAAAAAACGUCCAGUUAAAAUUGAAUUUAAAUCAGCUGUGGAUGCAAAAACUAUACUUGUCAAUAAAACCAAGGUGAAUGAACCUUAUAGAAACAUAAAAAUAAAUAACGAUUUAACAUUUUUGCAAAGAAAAUAUUUGGAAAACCUUAGAAGUGAACUAGAAAAUAAAAACAAGUCUGAUUCUAACGUAAAAUAUACUAUUAAAUACAAAAAUGGAUUACCAACCAUUGUAAAGUUAGAUUAG